AUGGAUUUGUAUAAACUGUGGUACUCAGGGAGUGAGAGGCUUCAAAAUAGAGUAGGCAUCUUAGUGGAUGAGGAGCUUAAAGGGCAGGUUAUGAAGGUUAAGAUGGUCAGUGAUAGGAUAAUGAUAAUUAAUUUGGUUAUUGGGGGGUUUACAUUGCAUAUGUGCAGUGUUUAUGCGCCACAAGUGGGCUUGGAAAAGCAGGUAAAAGUUAGAUUUUGGGAGACUUUGGAUGAGGUAGUGAGAAGCGUGCCUAGCUCAGAGAAGAUUGUCAUAGCAGGGAACUUCAAUGGGCACAAUGAGGUUUUACCUGGAGGUUAUGAUGAUGUGCAUAAAGGUUUUGGUUUUAGCGAUAGAAAUGGUGAGGGGGAUGCUUUUUUGGAUUUUGUGAUGGUGUUUGGGCUUGUGGUAGUGAAUUUGAGCUUUCUGAAGAAGUAG